CAAUAGUUAUUAGACAAUACGGAACAUUCAUAAUCUACUAUAAUAAAAAGUUGUUAUUUAAAGAAUUUAUCGAAAUGCCAAACUUUAACGGAGCCAUCGUUGUGCACACGCUGCAGUUGAUCAAGACCCCGGCGACACUUCGCGAGAUUGUGGUGACCAUUGCCAAGAACACGGAGCUGCCGCAGGAGGAUCUGAUGAAGCCCGUCAAGCAAACCCUUGACAUGGGCUACCGCAUGGGCUUCCUACAGAAACUAAAUGGAAGAUACUUUUUGGUGCCGAUGACCUUUGACACGCUCAUGGCUGAAAUGAAGUCGCCCGGCCAGCACGGCCAGCCCGCCCGCAAGAACGCCCAAGAGCCCGAAAAGGACGAGUCCAAGCUCAAGUUGGACAAGAAGUCCGCCAAGCAGCACCUUAAGCAGCUGGCGCUGUCAACCAAGAACCAGAACCAGAGUCAGCAUCAAUCGAUUGUGGAUCACGAGUCUACCACCACAUUGAUGCCACCGCAAAGUAUGCACUUGAAGCCGGAAGCAUUGAUGAUACGCAAGCUUAAACGGUCGCAGGUGCCCCCCAUUAAAUAGGUGACUCACUCCAAAUGCCUUGAGGCGUCGAAAAUUUUCCGUUUGCUAAUUGAGUUUUUCUUUUUGGUAAAUAAAUAUACAAAAAUUGAAUGAUGCGCUAAGUAGCAUAGCA